GGAGCAGUCAACGACUCUCACCGAGCGCGUCCGUUCGCACUUACGCUCCUUUUGGAGCUUAAAAAUUAGCUCAAAGCAAAAAUUUGCUAAUUCAUAACUAAUUAAUUUUCACAAUUAAUUACCCGUCGCACAAGUGUUCAGUUUAUCCAUCAACAUUAACAAGUUAAAGUGAUCAUAAAAAAUUUUGGAGCAACUAGUCAUCACCAGCAACAGCUUCGCAUCAAGAAUUAAUAACCUGUUAAACAAUUUAUAAUUAAUCACGUGAAACGACGAUAGUAUUGUAGUUGUAACUUAUUUAUUAAACAAUUUAAUCAUCGAACGAUCCGACAUUCCAACGAUCUGCGAAUCAUCAGGAGUCUCAACGAAUAGAAUCAUCGAACCGGAGAAAGAAACUUCGAGACUGACUAAUUAAGUUAUUGAUAUCAAUCGACACUAUUUAUCGGAUCCUCCGGGCUGUGUUAUUCGAUCCUCGAAGACGGAAUUUUCGUGUAAUUAGAAUUACGUCAGAUAUUUCGGAGCAAUUGCCAGUGACAUUUGUUGCGUCAGGUCUGGAUUAUAGUACAAAAGGACUCAGGGACUAACUGUACGAUUAAAUAACUGUGAUAAUUACUGCCUUUUAUACCAGGCUAGCCAGCUGGGCCAUUCUUGAAGUGUGACUAGCGAAAAAUCGCAGGCCAUACUACAUCCUCGAAGGUGACAGCUACUGGGAGUGUAGUUACGUCUGGAUUAACCCUUUGACAGAUCGUUAAUAUCAGCUGGUCACACAUGGCAGGAAUGGACACAUCAGGCUCGCCUGUACCGGAUGCAAUCCACUCCCUCCUUGAACAGCUACAAGAGGCACUGGUCCUCGAGCUGAAGUAUCAGCCGAAUCUCCAAUUGCCCGUUACAACUCAAAACGAUGAGAUAACUAUCGGUGCGAGAGAUGGUUCGGCCCAUGUUCUUCGUUGCCUCAAGGUCUGGUAUGACCUGCCCUCAGAUGUUCUAUUCAUCGCAAUAAAUCUGAUGGAUCGUUUCUUAACUAAAAUGAAAGCGAGACCAAAACACAUGGCCUGCAUCAGUGUAUCAUCAUUUCACAUAGCUGCCGUCCAAAUGGCCCAGUCACUAGAUGCCGAUCACCUUGUAUCAAUCUCACAGUGUAAAUGCACUGGUGGCGAUCUUAAACGCAUGUCCGAUCUGAUAAGGGCCAAACUCGAGUGGGCACCUGGUACUACACCCAUCACUGCUCUCACAUUUCUUCGUCUUUUUCAUGUUAUGUUUCAAGCUGCUGCAUCGCAGAUGGGUCUCGGUGAACUUUACGCCAGUCUUGUCACGGAGUCAGAAUUGCUGUUGAGGCUGGAGAUGGUUGCAUGCGAUGGUAAUUGUGCCAGUACGAGGCCCUCGGAAGUAGCACUGGUAUUAAUUUGCACAUAUUUGGACUCGGCUGUCAACCGUCUGGACGCUCAUGCAGAUGCAACACCUGUGACAGCUGUUCCGGGGCCUUCCUCCAUGGAUAUUGAACCCACACCAGCACAGCAGAUGCUCAGACUUGUGGAAUUCGCUGCGGAACUACAGAAGAUGUCCAAGAUCUCUGAUGAGAGUUUUUUCUCAACUCACGAACUUGUUGGGGCAAUACUGAGCAAAUAUAAUGCACAAGAGCAAACACCACACAGACAGAGACUCAUUUGGAGAUUGUCAUCACGAACUGCUAGAUUGCUACGACCAACAGACAAAUUUACGUCUGUCUUGCCAGUCAUUGCUGAACAUGCACCAGUUCCAUCACCGAGUCGAGUGAGAAAAAGUCGAAAAUUCGCAAGACGUCACAGCAAAAGGCGUUAAACACCUGGAGAUCUUCGAAUUACAUCAUAAGACAGCUUUCGACGUCAUAUCUUUGAGCAUUUUUGGAAAGGUGGAAGUAGUACGGAAACUUUUUGUACAUUUAAAUCGAAAAAUCAUUCAAGAAUAAUUAUUCUGGCAUAAGGAAAAAAACCAAAAAAGGAUUUUAGAAAAAAAAAACGUAAUUUAUUAAGGCAUUCUUGAUAAGUUUGCGCAUUUGAUAUCAUUUCGGUGACAUUCUAAAUUCAACGUUGAGGUUGCUAUGAAAGUGCCGAUGAGAGCUGUGAAGACAAAAUUAGCGAGAUGAAAAAAAAAUGUUGAAACAUUAAAAAAACUUUAAUGUGAUAACAAUAAUUAAGAACAGUGGUUACAAAUUGGAGAGAUACUUCCACUGUUGAAGAACUUGUGUAUAUUCUAUCUAGAUAUAUAUUAUGUCCUUAUUAACGGAUUAAUUGAUGGAAAAGUAAAGGAAAAAAAAAAUAUUAAAAGUACACAUAAAGCAAAAAAAGAAUUUAAAGUCUAGGUCGUACUAUAAUCUUUGAGGGAAAGAUUUAAUAAGAAGUGUAAGUGUUUGUAAAGUGACUAAUUUGUUGAACUUUAGCUUCAGAUGAAAAGUUUAAUGGGUUUAUCAAAUUAGUAUUUUUUGUCCAGACAUUUAGUUAAAAGCAAAGAUAAACGUGAAAAGAUGAAAAAAAAAAUGAUAAAAAAUUAAAAUCAAGAACUUUUUUUAGUAUGAGUGUGCGAAUUAUUGUAUUAAAUAUGUAAUGAGUGUUAGAAGUUGUCUUCGAAUGCGUGAAAAUAUGCCCUGAAUGUGUUCUCGAAUAAACAAUAAUGUAAUAUUAUCUCUUCAGAGUCAAUCAAUGGAUUAAAAUAAAUUUUUUAAAUUUAUGAAAAAUAAGAGACUGCAUAGAAUUUCACGUAUUUGAAGAUAUGGAAAUUUAUGAUAAACUCGUGUAUAUAAUAUCAGCGAUGAAACGCAAAUUUUCAUUUGUUUUUGAGGCAAUUAAAUCUUAAGGAUGUGAAAAACGAUUUGUGUGCGUGGAAGAAAACAUGAAGAGAACGAUAAUGAUGAUAAUGGCCACUGAUGUAUUUACACUGUUGCAAUUAUUGGCAAUAAUUUUUAUGUCUACCUGAGGCGAAAAAAUAAUUUAUUAUUUUUUCCCCAACUUCAUUCGUAAAUAAUUGUCUUUUGUCAUACUCUUCUUUUUUUUGUAUUUAUAUUUUUUCUAUUUAAUUUAUUUUCCAACACGUUAGGUUCAAAUUGCAAUAGUGUGAAUGUAGGGGAAUGAAUUAAAAAAAAAUGAAAGUAUUUCCGAGAAUAGAGCCAGUUUAAUGACCAAAUAAAUUUGAUGAAAAAGUCGAUUGAGUUAUUUUCCAAAACAACGGAAAAUCUUUUUCAUUCUCGUUUGCAAUCGUGAAUAAUUGAAUGAUUU